UAACGUAUCAAAAAGCUCAGUGGCUGAACUUCCAAUGUUGUGAUAUACGAAGAGGCAAAGAGCACAAGCUCCCAUACCAAAUAGUACUGACCAAAUAUCUUCUUAACGUACAAAGAGUAAAUAUAGAUCUAGCUUAGGCCUUCAGAUAAAUUUCUCACAAAUUAGAACCUCAGGGUUCAAUCACUGUACAUUUUCUGGGGUUAUCAGAUCUGAAGAAACUGAAGAGUGAAGUGGUGAUCGUUGAUAGGUAUACGUACAAGUAUAUGUGCGAGUAAGCAUUGACACUGUUUUACUAGAUCUUCAGGUUUUUGGGAUAAAGUAGUGAGGUUGAAUCGGUUGUUUAAUUCAGAAAUGGAGACACUUGUUAUUGUUGCUCAGCAUAAGAAUCAGUACUAUGAUAGAACCAGGGGUCAAUCCCAUGCUCGAUUUAGGCAUUUUGGUUCACCUCCUUCUGUUGGUUUUAAGGAGAUUAAUUGCCGGACUUUUGAUUCAGGUGCCGGUAUACUUCCUACUCCAUUGAGAUCCUACUCCACACCAAAAAAAUCAACCCCAAGUAGUGCAAUUACAAUACCAAUUAACAUUAAAGUAGGUGCUGAAUCUACAAAGGGGGAGUCUUUGAAUGAUGAAUUUGCUUAUUCUGAACUUUGGGCUGGGCCAGCUUAUUCAAAUUCACCUCCACCUAGUUCUUUGCCUAUGCCCAAAUUUUCUCUCAAGCCUAAAAGGACUGUUUCCCUUGAGUUGCCUGUUUCACCCUCUGAUAUUGAUUUGCCUCCCUUGGCUAAAUCUGCACCUGCUUCCCCGACCCGUGAGCGCAGCCCAUCUCCGGGGGUUUUAUUUGAUACUACUGACUCUGCGACACAGACUCUUCGUCGCAUUCUCAAUCUUGAAAUAUAGAUUGAUGAAUGUGUGAGGAGGGGUUAGUGAAGAAUGUAUAAAUAAGGCAGUUAUCUAGUUUGCAAGUUGGUUUCUAAGUAGGCUGUAUAUAGGUGAAUAAUAAAUCAGUCUUUAGCUUGACUUGAUAUUAGUUGCUUAGCUUUUGUUGUGGUGGAACUGGAGAGCAGCUUUGUUUCAAUGGUGGAUGGGCUACAAUAGUUAUAGUCUUUUGGUGGUUUAGGUUGUAUGAGAUGAACAAUGGCAGGUUGAUCAACAUUUCCUGGUAGAUUCAAGGAUGAUUAGUCUUAUAAGCAGAGUGGGUUAACUUCAGUAGUGGUGCAACAACAUGGAGGCGUGUUCAUGUAGAGGUCAUUGGGCAGACAAAUCUUGGUAUUGCGGUAUUUGGUAUAUUUGGCAGUUCUUUGCUGAGCCUUCAGAAUUGGUUGCUCAAUUAUCUUUAGUGCUCUGGUUGAUCACAUUACCUGUGAUAUCAAAUUCUUGUUCUUGAUUAUACUCUUCUUAAUAGUUUGUUCAUUCCUUGUUGUUUCUUCAUAAUCAGUUAGCUUUUGACUUUGUCAAACUGAUGUACAUAUACUAGAGCUCUGAUCAGAUUAGGUGGACAGCUUUCUUUCAGACUUUUGUUUUAUAUACUGACUAAAUUCUUGGCCCUCUGAUCUUGAAUUUAGGAUCCUUCCCUCUAUUACUUUGCAAUUCAAUAGCAGACACUUCUCCUGUAUAGAGUAUUGGGUAUCUCUUGCUCCUUACAAAACCAUGAUGCCUGAAUUGGCUGGUCAGCGUUCAUUUCAUCUGUGUUCCUUGUCAUUUGUUUUCCUUAACCUUGAAUAGGAUCUAACUCAUACUUUCCCCUCUCUAAGUUGUGUUUUCCCCUUCACCAUUUUCUGUUUUUUGGAAUGAAAAUUGGUAAGUGGGACGUAAAAGUUAGUUAUAUCCUUUUCUUUUCCUGCUCUUGGGUAAGUUGCCUAUUGAGCUUUCCUCUUGUGAAGUCUAAUUAGGGUCUCCUCUGUGGUUGUUCCACUUGUUUCUCUGCUAAAAGUUCCAUUCUGCCUGUGGAGAUUGUUGAUCAUACCUGGCUGUUGACUAGGGCCUUGCUCAGAGUUAGACGAAGAUUGUUGAAGAGGCUGUUCUCCAUGUUUUUCUAGUUGGUAGCACUAUAUCGCAUUUCAUCAUCGUGUAAUUGGUGAAAGUUUAAUAUCUGUAGUAGGUGUUCUAUCUUGUUACUUGCAAAAUUGAUACUAUGCCAUGAUUAUCCAGUUAUGUUAUGUUUUGAUCUUCGGGUUGUUAAGUCUACUUUUGCCUUUGUACCAAGGAUGCUUUUGUGUUUGUAUGAAGGAUCAAUAUUAUGGUUUUAAGGUUAGUGUUGUGAUAUA